AUGAUUUCGCUGUCGUCUCUAUACUUUCUGGUCUAUUUUCUGGCAUUUCUCUUUGUCGGAGUAGUGGCCUCAGUGUUUAUCAUCCCACUGCUGACCGUUUCGUUCAUAUUCGCAUCCUGCGUCGUGAUAUUUGGUUUCCUCAGUGAUAUCACCUUUAAAUUCGCCCAAUUGAUAUAUUUCAAGACUGACCAUCGCUUAAAAUCAACGCUCAACAAGAUGGGCCAGCAUACAAGAAAGAGCGAAACAGAUCUUAGGCCGCAAGUCAUGAAGAAUUAUGCCUCGGCAAGAAUACGUACAGGAUCCCAGCAAGGGACUGGUAGCACUUCUGGUACCGGUACUACCGUGUUAUCGAGCCCAUUUGAUGGCCGAACAGGCGUGCGGGUAACGUCAUGA